UUAAAGAACCAUCUUUAACCACCCCACAUGUAUGUUUCUUUUAAAAAAAAUGAAAGCUUAUAACAAAACAAGGGUUGCUUAAUAGGAAAAUCACCUCUCUCUCUCUCUCUCUGUCGCUCCCUAUAUAUAUAUAAAGGAAGAUCUGCAAAUCAUUUCUUUGAGCCAGCCUAGUCUUUUCUGCACAAACCUUUGCUUCGCCUUGUUUUUUCUUCUUUCUCUAAUGUGCUAAUUAAGCAAAUACUAAAUCAAUCUUGUAAGUUCUUUUUUCUUUUUCUUUGGUACAAGGGCUAGCUUUGAAAACGAAAUGGAAAUGGAUUCUCCCAAGAAGAAUGAGAUAAGAAGGGAAGAGGGCAAAUCUGUUGCCAUUAUAUUUAGAUAUGCAGAUUGGGUUGAUAUAUUGCUUAUGUUGAUGGGUACUGUUGGAGCUAUAGGAGAUGGCAUGUCAACUAACAUUUUGCUUGUCUUUGCUAGCCACAUAAUGAAUAGCUUGGGAUAUGGUAAGACCCAACAAAAUCAAGGAAAUUUUAUGGUUGAAGUAGAAAAGUGCAGUCUAUAUUUUGUGUACUUGGGAUUAGCGGUCAUGGUGGUGGCUUUUAUGGAAGGUUAUUCCUGGAGCAAAACGAGUGAGAGACAGGUCCUAAAGAUUCGUUAUAAGUAUCUGGAAGCGGUUCUUCGACAAGAAGUUGGGUUUUUUGAUUCACAAGAAGCAACUACUUCAGAAAUCAUCAAUAGCAUAUCAAAAGAUACUUCUCUAAUACAGGAAGUACUCAGUGAAAAGGUGCCCAUAUUUUUGAUGCACGCAUCUGUGUUCAUCUCAGGACUUGCAUUUGCCACUUACUUUUCAUGGAGGCUGUCACUAGUAGCUUAUCCAACUCUACUUCUUUUAAUUAUCCCUGGAAUGAUUUAUGGAAAAUACCUUCUCUUCUUGUCCAAGAAAUCUCAGAGAGAGUACAGCAAAGCGAACUCCAUUGUUGAGCAGGCCUUAAGCUCCAUCAAGACUGUUUAUUCAUUCACUGCUGAGAAGAGCAUUAUAGAUAGAUAUUCAGCAAUAUUGGAUAAGACAUCAAAGCUUGGAAUUAAACAAGGCAUCGCGAAAGGUCUUGCCGUAGGAAGCACUGGACUUUCUUUUGCAAUAUGGGCAUUUCUUGCUUGGUAUGGAAGUCAUUUGGUGAUGUACAAAGGAGAAAGUGGAGGGAGGAUCUAUGCUGCUGGCAUUUCUUUUAUAUUGGGAGGACUAUCCCUUGGAAUGGCACUUCCUGACCUGAAAUACUUCACGGAAGCUUCUGUUGCAGCAAAACGAAUAUUCAACAGGAUCGACAGAGUUCCUGAAAUUGAUGGUGAAGAUACGAAAGGACUUGUAUUAGAGAAAAUGCAGGGUGAAAUAGAAUUCCAACAUGUCAGAUUCACAUACCCAACUCGUCCGGAUUCCAUUGUCCUCAAAGAUUUCAACCUGAAAGCUGAAGCAGGAAAAACAGUUGCUCUAGUUGGUGCAAGUGGAAGUGGAAAGUCCACUGCCAUUGCAUUGGUGCAAAGGUUUUAUGAUGUGAAUGGUGGAUUUGUCAAGAUCGAUGGCGUUGAUAUAAGAACAUUAAAUUUAAAGUGGAUAAGAGGGAAAAUGGGUCUUGUUAGUCAAGAACAUGCAUUAUUUGGGGCAUCAAUUAAAGAUAAUAUCAUGUUUGGAAAGCUUGAUGCUACAAUGGACCAAGUCACAGCUGCAGCAAUGGCUGCAAAUGCUCAUAACUUUAUAAGGCAGCUUCCAGAGGGUUAUGAAACAAGGGUUGGAGAACGAGGAGCACUUUUAUCUGGUGGCCAAAAGCAGCGAAUUGCUAUUGCUAGAGCAAUCAUCAAGAAUCCUGUAAUUCUCCUACUUGAUGAAGCAACGAGUGCUCUUGAUUCUGAGUCUGAGACAUUAGUUCAAAACGCUCUUGAUCAAGCCUCCAUGGGAAGGACUACACUGGUGGUUGCCCACAAGCUCUCUACAAUUCGAAACGCAGACCUCAUUGCAGUUGUUAACAAUGGAUGCAUCAUUGAAAUAGGUUCACAUAAUGAUCUCAUUAACAGAAAAAAUGGCCACUAUGCAAACCUUGCGAAGUUACAGAGGCAAUUCAGCUAUAAUGACCAUGAACAAAAUCCUGAAACACAUGUUUCUUCAGUUGGAAAAAGCAGUGCUGGCCGAAUAAGCACAGGAAGAUCAAGUCCUGCUAUCUUUGCUUCACCAUUACCUGUUGUCGAUAUCCCAAAACCUGUGUGUCACCCUCCACCUUCCUUCUCUAGGCUGCUUUCGCUGAACUCUCCUGAAUGGAAGCAAGGCCUAAUGGGGAGCCUCUCAGCUAUAGCCUUUGGCGCUGUCCAGCCGUUCUAUGCCUUAACCAUCGGUGGCAUGAUCGCAGCAUUCUUUGCACCGAGCCACGAGGAAAUGCACGCUAGAAUACGUACAUACUCUUCCAUUUUCUGCUCACUGUCCUUGAUUUCCAUCAUUGUGAAUCUUGUGCAACAUUACAAUUUCGCUUAUAUGGGUGAGAGGCUAACAGAGAGAAUCAGAAUAAGAAUGCUAGAGAAGGUCUUGACUUUUGAGACCGCUUGGUUUGAUGAAGAGAAAAACUCCAGUGGGGCUUUAUGUUCAAGAUUGAGCAAUGAAGCCUCAAUGGUUAAGUCCCUUGUAGCAGACAGAGUUUCUUUGUUAGUCCAAACGACUUCUGCAGUCACAAUAGCAAUGAUCAUGGGACUAGUUGUAGCUUGGAAACUUGCACUUGUCAUGAUCGCAGUACAACCUCUUACAAUUCUAUGUUUCUACACUCGAAAAGUUUUGCUCUCUACCAUCACAACAAACUUUGUCAAGGCACAAAAUCAUAGUACUCAAAUCGCCGCAGAAGCUGUCCAUAAUCAUAAAAUUGUUACUUCAUUUGGAAGCACACAGAAGGUACUUCAACUGUUUGAUGAUGCUCAAGAGGAACCAAGAAAGGAGGCAAGGAAAAAAUCAUGGCUAGCAGGAAUUGGUAUGGGUUCUGCUCAGUGCCUAACUUUCAUGUCAUGGGCUCUAGAUUUUUGGUAUGGAGGAACUCUAGUUCAAAAAAGAGAGAUAUCAGCUGGCGAUGUGUUUAAAACAUUUUUCAUUCUUGUGAGCACCGGAAAGGUUAUAGCUGAAGCAGGAAGCAUGACUUCUGAUUUAGCCAAAGGUUCCACUGCAGUGGCAUCUGUGUUUCAGAUUCUUGACAGGCAAUCUCUAAUUCCAGUAGUCUCCUCCUCCAACGCAAAGGAUGGAGCUAGUGGAACCAAGCUAGAAAAGUUAACUGGAAGGAUAGAGAUGAAGAGGAUUGAUUUUGCAUAUCCAAGCAGGCCAGAAACGUUAAUAUUACGCCAAUUUUGCUUGGAAGUGAAGUCAGGGACAAGCAUUGGACUGGUAGGGAAAAGUGGGUGUGGAAAAUCGACCGUGAUUGGAUUGAUUCAAAGAUUUUAUGAUGUUGAGAGAGGAUCAGUUCAAGUAGAUGGAAUGGACAUAAGGGAACUAGAUAUUCUGUGGUAUAGGAGGCACACCGCGCUUGUUAGCCAAGAACCGGUGCUAUAUUCCGGCAGCAUCCGUGACAACAUUGUGUUCGGAAAGCUUGAUGCAUGUGAAAAUGAAGUGGUGGAGGCCGCCAGGGCUGCUAAUGCUCAUGAAUUUAUCUCAUCAUUGAAAGAUGGGUACGAAACAGAAUGUGGGGAAAGAGGAGUGCAACUAUCAGGAGGGCAAAAGCAAAGAAUAGCGAUAGCAAGAGCUAUAAUCCGCAACCCAACAAUAAUAUUACUAGACGAGGCAACAAGUGCACUUGACGUGCAAUCUGAACAAGUUGUGCAAGAAGCAUUAGACCGGACUAUGAUAGGACGAACAACAGUGGUGGUGGCUCAUCGGCUUAACACGAUCAAGAAGCUCGAUUCAAUUGCCUUUGUUGCAGAUGGGAAAGUGGUGGAGCAGGGAACAUACAGUCAGCUAAAGAACAAGAGAGGUGCAUUCUUUAACCUAGCCACCCUUCAGACCUAGGCGGAUACCUGAGUUUGUGUUCGUGUUCGAGCCUUUUGUAGCUAUGACCGCAAGUGACUAUAGCAGUCUAUGCAAAUGAGACAGUAAGAGAAGGAUUGGAUUCGGUAAGUAGAGUCGUAUUUUAGAUGAGGGUUAAAUUGACAACUAGAACAAAGUUUUUAUGUGGAAAUAUCUUAGGGCUAAUGCUAAUGCUGAUCGAUCUCAUGGCUACUUUGUAAAAGUGCAGUUCGGCCCUUAUAAGAAUACGGGGACUCAAUUUAUAACCUCUUUUCUCAGCUAGGCAAAAGAUUUUAUAUUUGAUAAAUUGAAUGAUAAAUAUAUCAAUAAGAUUUCAUUUCCAACGGA